GACACUUCCCCUUCCCUCGGUCUCUUGACAUUGCCUCUGAUCCCAUCUCCUCCACUAUCUCCGUCGCCUUCACCGCCAUCCUCUCCCGUUCUUGCACCGAGGCCGAGGCCUGUUCGCCAAGACCUGCCUCCCGUGAAGCGCGCCCGGGUAGCCCGAUAUCACAACUACGUUCCUGAAGAGGAGACAAUUCGAAAUGACUAUCCUCAGCGGUACGUCGAUAGCGGGGAGCGGCCGCAAAAUUGGGCCUUAGGUGCGGACCCUGAACAUCGGUUCGAGGAGUACCCAAAACAACAGCGCCUGCUUUCUCUAAAGAAAGCAUCGGUCGCACGGUAUGCACUACCUCCUACUUACCUUCCCUUCUCUCACCUUGCGACCCUCCAUCCGUCGAAAUUUGACGUCAUCCUCAUCGACCCCGCAGUUUCGUCAUCAUUCACAUGGGACCACCUGCAGGAGCUCCCACCUAUUCUCGCCGCAGACCCAUCAUACAUGCUCAUGUGGGUGUGCAGCGGAGCGGGCGAUGGUCUCGAGCGUGGACGUGAGGUAAUGGCGAAGUGGGGCUUUCGGCGGUGUGAGGACAUCGUGUGGGUCAAGACGAAUCACAUCAGCAACCAUGGCCCGGGCUGGUUCGUGCACUGCAACGUCGACACGGAUGUGAUGAUCGGGGAAGGCGACACAUCUGACCCGAUGCUCAAACCGCCCGAGACGUAUACACUCAUUGAGAAUUUCUGCCUUGGCAUGCGGCGGCUCGAGCUGUUCGGGUGCGCGCGCACGCUGCGUCGCGGCUGGGUCACUGCGCUCGCGGAGGGCGAGGAGGAGCGCAUCAAGGAGGGCCUCGCGGCCCUUAUGUGGAACCGCGAAUCAUGGGAGGCGGGGAUCAAGGAGCUAUCAAACGGCGGGAAGGCAGUCGUGCCCAUGACGCCCGAGAUUGACGCCCUCCGCCCAAAGUCUCCCGUCCGUGGUGGCUCCACAAAUCUCAAUGCUGGAAUGGGCUCCGGGGCAGGGCCCGCGCAGACAGGUGCCCCCGGCGCGCUCGCCAUGCCCAUGAACCCGCCGCCAAACCGCUCGGGCGGGUUCCAGGAUCAGAACCGCAUGAUGAUGCCACAACCGAUAAUGCCAAUGAACGCGCUCGGCGUGGGCGAGAUUGGCAACAUGGGCAACGUGGGCAUGAUGGGCUGGGACGGCAUGAUGGGGAUGCAGGGGAUGCAUGGAAUGGGCGGGAUGGGAAUGGGGAUGGGCGUACCACAGGGCAUGGGAUUCUCCGGGUUUGAUGGCGGGAUGGGCAUGGGCUGGGAGGAGCAGUUUGGGGGUGGUCGGGGGAUGUGGGAUGAGGGCAUGAUGG